GAAGAAAAAGCGAGUCACGUGUCCGGAAAUGAACAUCACAGUCUCCACUGGACACACUACAAGCGUUCAAUUUUCAUUUAUGGUCGACGCUAAUAUUCUUGGUCUCGUUGUGAAUAUUUAAACCAUAGUAGUAAAAAUGCGACGUCUAUGCUCGGUCCAGCAGAAAGUGUCGUGUGUUUUUAUGACUGAAGUGAAGGAAGAACCGUCUCGAAAACGUGACUGUCAACCAUUUCAUGUUGUCGCCACUGCAAUUGUCAACCCUGCAGUGUUGGAAGCUGACAUCAACUGUGCUCUCGCCACCGAGAAACUGGAUGGCACUUGCUGUUAUGUUACACUCUACAAAGGGAAACCUCAAUUGUGGGCUCGACUGGACCGGAAACCCAACAAACAGGCUGAGAAGAGGUUCAAGAAAUAUCAGUAUUCUCUCAGGAGCUCUAAAGGUUUCAUAUGGAACGUCAAGGAAGACUUUAAGACGGUCCCAGACACAUGGAUCCCGGCUCACAGAGUGAUACAUCACAAUGGUCAUCCCAUUCCUGAUGAAUACGGUCACAUUCCAGGCUGGGUUCCGGUGGAGGACGACAACAAGCAGUACUGCUGGCACUCGUCUGUGGUGGACAACAGCGUGGGGUCUGCUCUGGUCCUCAGACCUGUCCUGAACAAUGAAGACACAUUAGAAAUCGCUGCAGUCCCGCUAGCCGACUUACUGGAACAAACUCUAGAGCUGAUUGGAACCAACGUCAAUGGAAACCCUUAUGGGUUGGGGUCUAAGAAGCAGCCCAUUCAUUUCCUGGUGUCCCAUGGGAGCCUCUGUAUCAGAAAUCCUCCUCCAGUGGACUUCCAGCAGCUUUACUCAUGGUUUCGUGGGGGCUCCGAGGGCCUGAUUGAGGGCAUCGUGUGGCACUGUGCUGAUGGCUCACUCUUCAAGGUUCACCGCCAUCACAUGGGACUGGAGUGGCCAGCAGAGGGCACUCACCUUGGUGACAAGUCAGUGGUGGUUCGCAUUGACGGGGCCACGGUGGACGACAGCAAGAGUCUGUUUGCGUCAUUGUCACGCCUGAAUGGACAUUGUUUCAGCCGCUUGCAGGACGUCCAUUUUGACCUGUGAAUCCAAUCCACUAGUCCAAAAUAUUUGCAGGCAGGCAAGCAAGCACGUACAUCCUCGGCCAAGUUCACGUUAGCCUCCUUUUAGCCCUGCUUGCAUGUUUUUGGUCAUGGAAGGAUGCUUGCCUGAAAAAAGUAAGCAGCAUAAGUCACUAAAAAUCAAACAUAGCUUGUAAACAAGCUUUCAUUUUAACACUAACUAUAACACAUGGCUCCUUUUCUUUUGUACAGUCUUACAGUGACUGACAUGGGCAAAGUACUGCAAAUUGAAAAAGUUGCAAUCACAAAAACACUGCAAGAUCAAAAACUGUCUAUUUGUCUAUUUUUCAUACUUAAUUUAGCUUUGAGUUGCAAGUUAAAAAUACACUUGGAAAUUCCAUCAAGGCCAAACUGUUUACAAAAGGGGAAAAAAAUGCACCUUUUAUUUCAAGUCUAGACCAAAUUUAAGGUUAAAAUGUCCAUAGUGGAGGAAAUACUUGGGGAUUACAAUUUGAGUCUUAAAACUGCAUAACCUUGAUUUGUGUUUGCAGUAAAGCGAUAGGUUUACACUUCAGGUUGUUCCACUUUAUGGAUGAUGGUUACUAUGAUAAGCUGUAAAAUAAACUGUUUUUUCAGGCUUCCUACGCAAGAAUGGAAAAGUAUGGAUUUUUAUUUAAUAAGUUUGCAGGUCUGCAAAUGGCUGAAAAAUGGAAACUACAGUAAGGCAAAAUAUUCAUUUUUCCAAGGCUGUUACCACUGUUCUGUCUUCUUGAUGUUAAAAUCGAUCUGUUUUUCUAAGCUAAGAUGUUUUUGUGAGAGCACACAAUGAAGGGCGCAUCCCAGAAAACGUGAUGGGAAGAUUGACAAAUCGAAUGGACAACAUUCCACUCUUAUCCUCCUUUGUAUGAGUUACUCAACUACAAUCUCCUAGAAAUUACGUAUAUGGUGAUAUAAUGGCAUACAUGUUGAGAAUAAUGACAAUUGGACAAUGUCAUUAUUUUAUACAAGGGCUGCAACAAAAAAUUACUUUUUUUUAAUUUGAAGCUUGUUUGUAUUGAUUGAAUAAUCGGUACGUACAUACAAAUACAUAACUGAAGUAUGCAACAA